AUGGAUGGCUUGGCGCGGCGUUUGGGCUGCGACUGCUGCUGGCGACAGUGCUUCAAACGGUCUCUGCGCUGGGAGCAGAGUUUUCCUCAGAGUCUUGCCGGGAGUUGGGUUUCUCCAGCAACUUGCUCUGCAGCUCCUGUGACUUGCUUGGACAGUUCAGCCUUCUGCAGCUGGACCCUGACUGUAGAGGGUGCUGUCAGGAGGAAGCACAAUUUGAAACUAAAAAGCUGUAUGCAGGAGCUAUUCUUGAAGUCUGUGGAUGAAAAUUGGGGAGGUUCCCUCAAGUCCAAGCUUUCGUCAGGAGUGAUAAACCCAAACUAUUCAAAGGACUGCAAAUCAAGUAUGUUCGCGGUUCAGACCCUGUGCUAA